CGUACGUCAGACAAGAAGUUGCUAUCUACAGUUACAUAAAUAACGGCAUUGGCAUCCGCGUGUGGUUUUAGAUGUUUUUCACUAGCUAAAUAAGUAUACUUUGUUGUAUACAGCCAUCUGGCUUGUUGAAAAAAUGGAAAGCUUAGCAGUACCAGCUAGCAAGUUAAAGGUUGCGCCACAUUAGCCAUCAAGCUACCUUGCUAGCUACUUUGACAACACGGUGCUUUUAGGCUUAGGACCUUAGAGCUAGCUGGAUACUAUGUCUUGUUUAACGACACCACACGUCGCACGAAUCAUUAGGCUAUAGGAAUGAACAUUAUUAGAUCAGUGCUUCAAGUGACAACUCGGAGACGAUUCUGUAGACAAAUAUCUAUUAGCAUGAUCAGGAGAACUCAGAUUAAGAAAGUGCUUUGUGUUGCUGAGAAAAACGAUGCAGCCAAAGGUAUUGCCGAGUUAAUGUCCAACGGGAGAUCAAGGAGGAGAGAGGGGCUCUCGGUCUACAACAAAAUAUACGAGUAUGAAUAUAAUCUGUUUGGACAAAAUGUUACCAUAUGCAUGACUUCUGUGUCAGGACAUCUUUUAGCUCUUGAAUUCAAAGCACAUUUUCAGAAAUGGCACAGCUGUAAUCCAGUCAUGUUGUUUGAUGCAGAGGUAGAAAAGUAUUGUCCUGACAACUUUGUGCAAAUUAAGAGGACCUUGGAGAGAGAGGUCAGACAGUGCCAAGCUCUGGUCAUCUGGACUGACUGUGACAGAGAGGGGGAAAACAUAGGUUACGAGAUCAUUGAUGUCUGCAAAGAUGUUAAGCCAAACAUCCAGGUAUUCCGUGCUCGGUUCUCAGAGAUUACCCCCAACUCCAUUAGAAGAGCCUGUGAGUCUCUGACUGAGCCAGACAUUAAUGUCAGUGAUGCUGUGGAGGUGAGGCAGGAGCUUGAUCUCCGCAUUGGAGCGGCAUUUACAAGGUUCCAGACUUUACGACUACAAAAGAUCUUUCCAGGCUCUCUGUCUAAUCAGCUCAUUAGCUAUGGGAGUUGUCAGUUUCCUACCCUUGGCUUUGUGGUAGAGAGAUUCAAAGCCAUUCAGGCCUUCAUCCCUGAGACCUUCUUUAAAAUUAAAGUGGUUCACGAGCCUAGUGAAGAGGAAUCAGUGGAGUUCGGCUGGAAAAGGCAUCGCCUGUUUAACCACACUGCAUGUCUUGUGCUCUACCAGAUGUGCAUGGAGAAUCCCAUGGCAACAGUGAUAUCUGUGACAACUAAACCAAAAAGCAAAUGGCGACCAUUACCCCUCGAUACUGUGGAACUUGAGAAACUGGCCUCAAGGAAACUGAAGAUUGGUGCUAAAGAGACAAUGAAAAUAGCCGAGAAGCUCUACACACAAGGGUUUAUCAGUUAUCCUCGUACUGAGACCAAUAUGUUUCCAAAAAACCUGAACUUGGUUCCACUUGUUGAGCAGCAGAGGCAGGACAACGAAUGGGGGCCUUUUGCUCGACGUAUUCUAGAGAGCGGUGGGCCCACACCUCGAAAUGGAAACAAAUCAGACCAAGCCCAUCCUCCCAUUCACCCCUCUAAAUACACAAAUAAUCUUCAGGGAAAUGAAAGACGGCUGUACGAGUUUAUUGUUCGUCACUUCUUGGCCUGUUGCUCCAAGGAUGCAGAGGGCCAGGAGAUGACUGUGGAAAUUGACAUUGCUAAAGAGAGGUUUUCUGCAAGUGGACUCACGAUUAUUGCAAGGAACUAUCUUGAAGUUUACCCAUAUGACAAGUGGUACAAUAAGGUUAUUCCAUUAUAUGCACCUGAUACAACAUUCCAACCUACAGCAAUUGAGAUGGUGGAAGGACAGACCAGCCCUCCACAGCUUCUGACAGAGGCUGAUUUGAUUUCGCUAAUGGAGAAGCAUGGAAUUGGCACAGAUGCCACACAUGCAGAACACAUCGAGACCAUCAAGAGCCGCAUGUAUGUGGGGCUGACGACAGAUCAGAGGUUCCUUCCUGGAGAGCUUGGGAUGGGCCUUGUUGAGGGGUACAAUUCUAUGGGUUAUGAGAUGUCUAAACCAGACCUGAGGGCAGAACUGGAGGCAGACUUGAAGCUUGUGUCAGAGGGCCGGAAGGACAAAGCAUCUGUUCUCAGACACCAUGUGGCAAAAUACAAGGCUGUUUUCAUUGAGUCUGUCAAGAAGGCAAAGAAAUUGGAUGAGGCUCUGUCCAGUUAUUUGGGUGAGGCUCAAGAGUUUACGGAACAAGAGGAACAGGAGCUAGAGAUGCCUCUACCAGUGAGGAAGUGUCUGCAGUGUAGCCGAGACAUGGUUUUGAAGAAGAAGAAGGACAACACAGGGAAGUUUCUGUCAUGUUUGGGCUACCCAGCCUGUAAGGCAGUAGUGUGGUUUCCAGAUGUAGUGCUCGAGGUCAGCAGAGAUGACAGCAUUUGUCCAACUUGCCGCCCACACCCUGUCCACAUGCUGAGGUUUAAGUUCAAGAGGGGGAGUCUCCCUCCAGGGAUGCCUCUAGAGUUUGUUGGAUGUAUUGGUGGCUGUGAUGACACUUUGAGAGAGGUCCUGAAUUUGAAGUAUCUACAUGGAGGAGGAGAGUCCCGCACUCAGGUUAAUUGCAGUUCAGCCUUCUCUCAAUCUAAUCAUCCAAGACCCAAUCCAGUGCUUCAGUCUAGGCCAGAUAACAGACCUUCAUCUCCACGGCCCAGAGCAGUCAGCAGCAGACUCCCCCCACCCACCUCGGCAGCAACAUGGUUAUCACACUUACCAUCCUGCACCCAAAACGAUGCUGUUGUGUGUAACUGUGGCCAGGACGCGCUUCUCCUCACGGUUCGUAAAGAGGGUCCCAACCAAGGCCGUCAGUUCUACAAGUGCAGCACGGGGGGCUGUAAAUUCUUCCUGUGGGCCGAUCAGCCCAAUGACCAGCACGGGCCAGCAGGGAGCAGAGGUCAUGGGUUGCCGCCUCCCAGACCUUCACUUGGCCUUGGAAGUGCACCUCAGCACAGGCCUGGUAACAGAGGAUCAGGCAUAGAUGGGGGAGAGACCAUGUGCCACUGUAAUGAACCCGCCGUCACAAGGACGGUCAUGAAAGAUGGGCCAAACAAGGGCAGAAUGUUCCACACCUGUGGCAAACCGCGUGACCAGCAGUGCGGCUUCUUCCAAUGGGUGGACGAGAAUGUGGCUCCAGCUACUGUAGGAAGUUCUCAUGAACACAGCAAAAAGUGGGCUGGUGGUACGAAGACUGGAGCCUCCUCAAGCAAAGCUGCUGCUCCCAAAAGGCAGAGGACUUGUGGAAUUUGCCAUCAGCCUGGCCACACGUGCACCACCUGUCCCCAGGGCCGGUGACACAACCACUGCUCGAGCUUCUUGUUGCAUUUAUAGCAGCAGUCUCCUGAAUCUGGUUUUUGUAAUUUGUAUGAUCAUUUUUGUCUCAAAGGUAUUAAUACUAUUACAGAAUAAAAGGUAACAUUUUAUAAAUUUA